CGCCCCGGAAGGCGGCGGGGAGGAGCCAAGCAGGAAGGAAUGGCUGCGCCAAAUGUGCUGCUGGUGAUGGGAGUGAGCGGCUCUGGGAAAUCGACCAUCGGCACCCUGCUGGCAUCUGAGCUAGGAUGGAAAUUCUAUGAUGCCGAUGACUAUCACCCAGAGGAAAAUCGAAUGAAGAUGGGAAAAGGUAUGCCGCUGAAUGACCAGGACAGAAUUCCAUGGCUCUGCAACUUGCAUGACAUUUUACAAAGAGAUGUAGCCUCUGGACAGCAUGUAGUUCUAGCCUGUUCAGCUCUGAAGAAAGGAUACAGAGACAUCUUAAUACAUGGAAAAAAUAGUGCACCUCUGAAGUGUGAUGAGCUGGGGAAGGAAGAAAAGCCCACUGAGGUGAAGCUCCUUGUGGUCCAUCUGACUGGGUCGUUUGAAGUCAUCUCUGGACGCUUACUCAGAAGACAAGGACAUUUUAUGCCCCCUAAGUUAUUACAGUCCCAGUUCGAUACUCUGGAGCCCCCAUCUGCUCCAGAAAAUUUCAUCCAAAUCAGUGUGGACAAAAGUCUUUCAGAGAUAAUUGCUAUAAUUAUGGAAUCUCUAAAACGAAAUGAGAAUCAUUUAUAUUAGUCAAGAAUAGAAUUAGGCAUAAAUCUGUAUCUUCCACCCCAAACCGUGUUCUAGUAUCCUUGUUGAAAUGUAUUCUAGAUUCGUCUUAAGGUGAACAGACUACAAUGUGUUGAGAUAGGCUUGUUUGGGUUGAAUUUUAGUCAUCUGCGAUACACUUGCUACUCUUGUCAUUGUGCUCUGGCAUAUUCAGAGAAAAGGAAACACUGAAAGUAAAGCUUCGAUUGACAUUUAAAUUCAUGUGACCCCAUCAAAUGAUCAGAAGAGAUUCUCUCAUCUUAUUUAGAAUAUUCUUGAUCAUGCCUGUACUCAGUGAAAUCAAGGAAAUCUGGCCAUCCUUGGUACCCUCUGGAGACUGGUUUCAGGAGCAGAAAAACAAAAAACUGACCACUCAUGAGCAGUCACAUUACAUACACCACACACCUCUUAAUAUAUCUGUAUAUACACAUAUAUAUAUAUAUAUAUAUAUAUAUAUAUAUAUAUAUAUAUAUAUAUCACCCUCAGGUGUAGAGAAAGGACUUAAUCAUGGUACUCUGAGUCUGUACUGGGCACUGUGAUGGGCCCGCUGGAGGGUCUGAGGGCUGUAACACAAAGCCCUGGCUCUCAGGGAGUCUCAGUUGGGUGGAAAGACAGGGCCUCUCAUAUCCUCCAGGACCAGCUAGAGUUCUCAGUUUUUUGCAAGAAAGAACUGAUUUUCAAAUAUUCUGCUAGACUUUCACGUGGGACCAAAUGAAGCAGCCUGUUUAUAAUUAUAGCAAGAUUGAAUCUAUUUUAUACAUAAAUAAAAGCAUUUUUUGCAGUGUCAUUUCAGAUACACUGAAUUUUCUAAGAAUGCAAUAAAGGGACAAUUGUAUUUUUUU